CAUCAUCUGGAGGUUGUGCCUUUAACUUGUUAUUAUAACAAAAGGAGGCGAGCUGCUAUUGCGCCUGCAGAACAAGAGGUUAUAUAGUAUAGUGCGCAAGCAGAAUUCCAUCCACAUCUCGCUCGCUCUCCCUUGCGGUCUUGCCCCAUCCAGCCAUGGCGGCGAUAGGCGGCCACCCUUACUGGCCAAGUGACCUGGAGCUCCCCGGUUUCGUGCCACAGCAGCUUUCACCUCUCCAACUCGUGGUGCCCCUCAUAGGCACUUCCCUCUUGGUCAUCGCGGUGGUCUGGCUUGUCUCCGGCCAUGUCCUCAGUACUGCGAGAUCCGGCAAAUUAUCCAAGGCCGACCGUUUGCUCAUGUGCUGGUGGGCAAUCACUGGGUUGACGCACCUAAUCAUUGAAGCAUCCUUGCUCUUCACCCCCAAUUACCUUACCAAGGAAAAUCCCAGUUUUUUUGAUGAAAUAUGGAAAGAGUACAGCAAGGCUGACUCCAGACAUGCCACCGGGGACACCACAACCACCGCGGUCGAAGUCAUUGCGGUUUUUCUACAAGGCCCUUUAUCACUUCUUGCUGUUUACGCUAUUGCUUCCAGAAAGUCCUACAACUACAUUCUACAGUUUAGUGUAUCUAUGAGCCACCUCUACUCAAUGUUGAUUUUCUACAUUACCGCCUACUUAGACGGCAUGAACUUCUGCGCCAGUCCAUUCUACUUCUGGACAUAUUUUGUUGGUGCAAACUCCCCAUGGGUUGUGAUUCCAACGCUGAUAGCAAUAAGGAGCUGGAAGUUGAUAAGCCAGGCAUCUCAGUCUUGCAAGGUGAAUCAAGACUAAGUAAACCAACUCUUUGCCCUCGGCACCAGAAUUAUUUGGGCAGUAUGACACCUGCGUGGAUGGGAACCACAAUUAUACAA